CCUUGAUGGUGGGUACCAUCGGUCGGUCUUGGCGCUUGAUCCUUGGUUGCCAAAGGAGCAUUUUGAUUUCGAUCACGCACUUCUCUUGAACCAAACCCCGGGCAGCGUCUGUUUCUCCGGAAUAGGCAGAUAUCUACGCCGGCAGUUUUUAAUAGUGGGAACCGAUCGCCUUAGAUUAAAAGCAGCACGAUCGACGCCAUGUCGCCCUCCCCAGUCUGCUGGGCGCUGCCCUGUUCGGCACCUUUGCCACAGCCGCAGCCACGUCCACCCCGGUCCAGGGCUCCUUUGUCGUCGAGCUCCAGGAUGGUGAGACCUCCGAGGCCUUGUACCAGACCCUCUCCCGCGAGGAUGGCCUGGAGACGCAGGAGCGCAGGAGGUUCUCCUCCAAGUUGUUCAACGGCGCCUCUUUCCUCGUCUCUGGCGCCGGGGGAGACUCUGCGCGGCUCCUCGACAUCAUCAAGUCCAAGCCCACGGUCAAGGCGGUUUGGCCUGUGAAGGCCAUGACCAUUGACCGAGGCGAGGAUGACAAGAAAAACGGCGGCGCGGUACCGGCUGCGCAGCCCCUGGACAUCAUCUACAAACGCCAGACCGCAGACGGGAACAGCAGUGAUGUCGACACUUUCAGGCCGCACAUCGACACCCAGAUCGACAUGCUGCAUGCCAAGGGUAUCAAGGGCAACGGCAAGCGUGUUGCAAUCAUUGACUCGGGCGUCGAUUGGAAACACCCGGCUCUCGGUGGUUGUUUCGGUCCCGGUUGUGUGAUUGAGGGAGGAUGGGACUUUGUCGGUGACGCCGAUUUCGAACCUGGUGUAGAUAUACCGGUUGAAGAUCCUGACCCUUACGACAACUGCGAGGGCCACGGCACCCACGUUACGGGCAUUAUAGUUGCACAGCCUAACCCGUACGGCUUCACGGGUGCGGCCCCGGGUGCCAAGAUCAGAAUGUACCGUGCUUGGAACUGCCACCAAAAGUCGAAUACCGAAAUCUACAUCGCCGCCUUCCUCCGUGCUUUCGACGAGGGCGCCGAUAUCAUCUCACUUUCUGCCGGACAAGACGGAGGCUGGGAGGACGAGCCAUGGGCAAUGGUGGCCAGCCGCAUCGCAGAUGCCGGUGUGCCCGUCGUUGUCGCUGUGGGUAACGACGGCGGCGCUGGCAUGUUCUACACCUUGAACCCCGCCGCCGGCCGCAGCGUCUUGGGUGUGGGAUCUGUGAGAAACACUUUGCUCCCGGAGCUAGUUGCCGCCGGCUCCUACUCGACUGCAGAGCAGCAGAACGUCACCUUUGCCCUCCUCCAGGGCACCCCGACUUUUCCACACGAGAUGACCCUACCGCUGUGGGCCGUCGGUAAUGAUACUGCGUCUAUUAAUGACGCCUGCAGCCCGCUCUCCGACAACACGCCAGACCUUAGCGAUAAGCUUGUGCUGCUGCGAGUGCCGGAUUCCCGCGCUACUCGAUGCUAUCCCUUGGACCAGGCGGCGAACAUUCUCGCCAAGGGAGGACGCUACAUGGCCUACUACGUGCCGGACAACACCUCUUUCAACGAUCAGUUUGUUUACGCCGAAGGUAUCUCGGGCGUUUUGUCUGUUGCGCCCUUUCAGGGAGCUCAGUGGAUCGACCUCCUUAACCGUGGCAUCGGCGUAAACGUCACAGUCCCAGGGCCUAGUGCACCCAACACCACUCUCAUUGAACUUGAGAACAAAGUCUCGGGAGGUUACAUGAGCACCUUCACUACGUGGGGGCCUACCAACCAGCUCAGCUUGAAGCCCUCGGUUGCGGCUCCCGGUGGAAGCAUCUUCGGAACAUUCCCCUUGGCCUUGGGGGGAUACCGUGUCCUUAGUGGAACGUCGAUGGCUUGUCCGCUGACCGCAGGUGCCUUUGCGCUUGUAGGCGAGGUCAGGGGCACCAUGGAUCCCAAACUGAUCGCCGGCCUGCUUGAAUCAACCGCCAAACCCUUGGUGUGGUUUGACGGUACCAACAGCUACCCGGAUAAGCUUGCUCCCGUUGCGCAGCAAGGCGCCGGCAUCAUUCGAGCGUUCGACGCGGCGUACUCAAAGACGACUCUCAGCAAGGCCAACUUCCCUUUGAACGACACGGAGCACUUUGUAGGGACCCACAAGUUCACCAUCGAGAACACGGGAUCCGACGAGGCAACCUACGCGCUUGGCCACACCAGAGCCCCCACGCAGCACACUCUCAUGACGACGAUCGACGGGAGUCUUUUACAGGAUGCCUUCCCCAACCCCAUGAUCGACACGUGGGCCUCUCUUGAGUUCAGCCAAGACUCAGUCACCGUCCCGGCUGGUGGCUCGGCCCAGGUCGAGGUCACCUUCACCCAGCCCCCCACCACCAACGGGCUCAACGCCACCCUGCUCCCCAUCUACGGCGGCUAUGUUAAUGUCAACAGCACCCGCGGCGAAAACCUUGUGAUCCCCUACCUCGGCGCGGCCGGCAGCAUGCGCGCCACGCCCCUGUUGACGAGCAAUGCCGUAUACCUCGCCAACGGCUACUCCACCGCUCCCGCCAACAGGACCUACACGCUCACCCGGCCCUCGGCCAAUUCGACGCUGCCGAUCCCAGGCAAGUCACCAAACGACGACGUGACCCUACCCAACGUCUACUACCGAUUGCUGCUCGGCACAUCCAUCAUGCACGUGGACCUGGUGUCGCUCGAUGAUGCCAAGAACGUCGGCCCCAAGACCCCUACGGGCAUCGCCACCAUGGGCGCCGUCGCCGGCUGGCCGCUGCGUCACCUCAGUCGCACCCAGCAGCGAGCCUACUUUGUCGGCAAGCUGGCCGACAGCACCGUCGUGCCCGCUGGCUCGUACAAGAUUGUCCUCACCGCCCUGAGGGUGUUUGGAGACCAGACCAAGGUUGAGGACUGGGACUUCAUCGAGACGGUGCCGUUCAACAUCGAGUACAAGUAAUUUUUUUUUUUUUAGUAUAUAACCAUGAAAAUGCCGUGGGCUGCAAUCUGGGGGUUAUAAAAAAAAGCGGUUGCUUAGCAGUCAAAUAUUCAGUAGAACUGGUUUAUUUUGGUUGAUAAAACUAGUUACAGAAUAAGUUUGCAC